AUGGCUGCCAAGAGAAACAGAUACCAGAGGCAGAAGUCCUUGAUGCUUCUUGAAAUGGAGAGCCAACAUGCCAAAGGAUUACCAUCACCUUCCGGUUACCGUCAGAUCAGUACCCCUGUUGUAUCACUCCAACUUGGACCCCACGUUAGUCUUUACUUGUCACCUUCCAUCGCAGUCGUUGUUUCUUGA